AUGAGCGGACGAGCAGCCGUGGAGUGCCGCAUGCUCACCGCGCACAUGUUGUACAGGAUGUCCUCCACGGCGCCAGGCACGGUCACCACGCCACCGCCGUCUGUGGCGAGCAAUUUCACCGCGACGUUCACCAUCACGGAUGGUGUCACUACCAGACAAGCGACGUACAACGGGAAUCUGUCGGCCUCGACGCAGAGGUUCGACUCUGAGCCCAAUGGGGCGACUUUGACGUACAGCAAAGUCCCCUCCGGAAAUUGCAGCCACGAAGGCACCGUCGGUGCUGGGAACAUCAACCUGACCCUCACUGAUCCCGAUGGUAUCAAGUACGUGGUCGCGGGGAAACUCAAGGACGGACCUUCCACCAGUAAGUCCGUCUCCGGCAGCGGGACGUGGUUGCUUUCGCUUUAA